AUGGUGUGUGUGCGCGUGUACGCGCGCUCGAGCGCCGUGUGGGGUUCACAGUAUGAACUCAAGGACAAUCCCGGGGUGCAUCCUGCCACAUUCGCGGCACACACAGCACCUGCCUAUUACCCCUACGGCCAGUUCCAGUAUGGGGACCCAGGGCGGCCCAAGAACGCCACGCGCGAGAGCACCAGCACGCUCAAGGCCUGGCUCAACGAGCACCGUAAGAACCCUUACCCCACCAAGGGCGAGAAGAUCAUGCUGGCCAUCAUCACCAAGAUGACCCUCACGCAGGUCUCCACCUGGUUCGCCAACGCGCGCCGGCGCCUCAAGAAGGAGAACAAGGUGACUUGGGGCGCGCGCAGCAAAGACCAGGAAGACGGCGCCCUCUUUGGCAGCGACACUGAGGGAGACCCCGAGAAGGUCGAAGACGAUGAAGAGAUCGAUCUGGAGAGCAUAGACAUCGACAAGAUAGAUGAGCAUGAUGGGGACCAGAGCAACGAGGAGGACGAGGACAAGGCCGAGGCGCCGCGUGCUCCCGCCGCGUCAGCCCCACUCGCCCGGGACCAGGGCUCACCGCUGGCCACCGACGCUCUCAAGCCUCAAGACUCGCCCCUGGGCCUGGCCAAGGAGACCCCUGAGCCUGGCAGCACGCACCUGCUGAGCCCUGGGGCCCGGGCUGGCGGCCUGCAGGGCGUGCCUCACAGUAAGCCCAAGAUCUGGUCUCUGGCAGAGACAGCCACCAGCCCCGACGGUGCGCCCAAGGGCUCACCGCCGCCGCCUGCGGGUCAAGCAGGCGCUCCGGGGGCACCGGCGGGGGCGCCGCUGCAGCACCCCGCCUUCCUGCCCAGCCAUGGACUGUACACCUGCCACAUCGGCAAGUUCUCCAACUGGACCAGCGGCGCCUUCCUGGCCCAGGGCUCUCUGCUCAACAUGCGUUCGUUACUGGGCGUCGGCACGCCCCACGCCGCGCCCCACGCGCCGCACCUGCCUGCACCCCCUCAGCCGCAGCCGCCCAUCACCUUGGCCAUGGGGUCGCUGCACAGCGACAAGGCCUCGACCAGGAGCAGUCCCGCUCUCCCAGAGAGAGAUCUAGUCCCCAGGCCAGACUCUCCCGCACAGCAGUUAAAGUCGCCCUUCCAGCCAGUGAGAGACAACUCGCUGGCCCCGCAGGAGGGGACGCCGCGGAUCCUAACAGCCCUCCCUUCCGCCUGA